AUGGCAUUCUUGGUGAUGAUGAACAUAGCCAUAUUUUCAGCACCCUUGGCCGUGGCAGCAUCUCAGGCCUUACCCGGGUGUGAAGAACAGUGUGGCGACGUGCACAUUCCAUAUCCAUUCGGCAUCAAAGAAAGGUGCUAUCUCAAUCAAAAUUUCUCGAUUACUUGCCACAAAACCGAUCGCAACCGACCUCCAAAGGCAGAGGCGUUUCUAAUGCAUACCAAUAUUAGGGUUAUGAAUAUAUCUACUAAUGGUGAGCUUCACGUGUUGCGGCCGAUAGUGCGAAAUUGUUACAGCUACGGAGAUAAUUAUUUAGAUAUGAACGAAACGGAUCUUUCUGUGCCGACCAUGUACCCACUUUCUCGUUCCAAAAAUAAGUUCAUUACCAUUGGGUGCAAUCAUGUUGGGUUAAUCUUGGGGGAUGACCAAGGGACUAACGUUGAAAGUGGGUGUAUUUCGGUGUGUACGAGGAGAAGUAGUGUCGUUGAUGGGUUGUGUUCUGGGAGUGGGUGCUGUCAGUUGGAUAUUCCAAAAGGGUUAACCAAAUUGAGUUUGGCGGUGGGUGAGUUGUUGAAUUACACUGAAAUACGGAAAUUCAGUCCCUGUGGGUAUGCUUUUAUAAUUGAAGCUAGGAGGUUUCAGUUUUUGUCAAGUUAUAUUGAUAAGUUUGAAGAGAAGGAAGUUGAGGCUGUGCUUAGUUGGGGCAUUAGAAAAGCAUUAAAACUUGAUUGUGGACUAAACGCCAGAAGGAAUAAUAGUAUCUUUAAUGGAACUCAUUAUCGUUGCCACUGCUUGGAUGGUUACGAGGGGAAUCCAUAUCUCCAUCACGGAUGCCAAGAUGUGGAUGAAUGCACGUAUCCAUGGCUGAAUGACUGUGAGCACAAGAACAAGUGUUCUAACACCGAAGGAAACUAUACCUGUCAUUGUCCCAAGAACUUCCAUGGAGAUGGAAGAAAAGGCGGAAAAGGUUGCACCAAAAAUUCCACCUCUUCCAUUCCUAUCAUCAUUGGAAUUGGGUUAGGCCUCGCAGUUCUACUAAUUGCCACCACAACCAUAUACUUAUGCUACAAAAAGUUGAAGUUCAUCAAACAAAAACAGCGCUUUUUCCACAAAAACGGAGGCUUUGUGCUUCAACGACAGCUUUCUCAAUGCAAUUCACCUAAAGACAUCGUAAGAAUCUUCAGCCAAGAAGAGUUGGAGAAGGCCACCAACAACUACGCCAAAGACACCAUUGCUGGCAAAGGUGGCUACGGUACCGUUUACAAAGGUGUCUUGGACGAUGGACUCACCGUUGCAAUCAAGAAAUCAAAAUUCAUGGACGAAUCCCAAACAUCCCAAUUCAUCAAUGAAGUCGUUGUUCUUUCCCAAAUCAACCAUCGAAACGUGGUCAAGCUCUUAGGGUGCUGUUUAGAGACCCAAGUCCCAUUGUUGGUGUACGAGUUCGUCACCAACGGCACCCUCUUCGAUCAUAUCCAUGACACUACCAAACACGUCCCUCUUUCUUGGGAAGCUCGGUUGAGAAUCGCUUCGGAAACAGCUGGUGUCAUUUCGUAUUUGCAUUCUUCAGCUUCUAUUCCCAUCAUCCAUAGAGAUAUCAAGACCACCAACGUACUUUUAGACGAUAAUUACACUGCAAAGGUUUCUGAUUUUGGUGCUUCCAAGUUGGUUCCUAAGGAUCACACUCAGCUAACCACGCUCGUGCAAGGGACUCUUGGGUACUUAGACCCUGAGUAUUUAUUGACGAGCGAGUUAACUGAGAAGAGUGAUGUGUAUAGCUUUGGAAUUGUGCUUCUGGAACUUAUAACGGGAAAGAAAGCGGUGAGGUUUGAUGGGCCGGAAGAAGAUCGAAACCUAGCCAUGUAUGUCCUUUUUUUAUUAGGAUUAUUUGAACCCUUUUUAGAUGUGGAUGAAUGCACGUAUCCAUGGCUGAAUGACUGUGAGCACAAGAACAAGUGUUCUAACACCGAAGGAAACUAUACCUGUCAUUGUCCCAAGAACUUCCAUGGAGAUGGAAGAAAAGGCGGAAAAGGUUGCACCAAAAAUUCCACCUCUUCCAUUCCUAUCAUCAUUGGAAUUGGGUUAGGCCUCGCAGUUCUACUAAUUGCCACCACAACCAUAUACUUAUGCUACAAAAAGUUGAAGUUCAUCAAACAAAAACAGCGCUUUUUCCACAAAAACGGAGGCUUUGUGCUUCAACGACAGCUUUCUCAAUGCAAUUCACCUAAAGACAUCGUAAGAAUCUUCAGCCAAGAAGAGUUGGAGAAGGCCACCAACAACUACGCCAAAGACACCAUUGCUGGCAAAGGUGGCUACGGUACCGUUUACAAAGGUGUCUUGGACGAUGGACUCACCGUUGCAAUCAAGAAAUCAAAAUUCAUGGACGAAUCCCAAACAUCCCAAUUCAUCAAUGAAGUCGUUGUUCUUUCCCAAAUCAACCAUCGAAACGUGGUCAAGCUCUUAGGGUGCUGUUUAGAGACCCAAGUCCCAUUGUUGGUGUACGAGUUCGUCACCAACGGCACCCUCUUCGAUCAUAUCCAUGACACUACCAAACACGUCCCUCUUUCUUGGGAAGCUCGGUUGAGAAUCGCUUCGGAAACAGCUGGUGUCAUUUCGUAUUUGCAUUCUUCAGCUUCUAUUCCCAUCAUCCAUAGAGAUAUCAAGACCACCAACGUACUUUUAGACGAUAAUUACACUGCAAAGGUUUCUGAUUUUGGUGCUUCCAAGUUGGUUCCUAAGGAUCACACUCAGCUAACCACGCUCGUGCAAGGGACUCUUGGGUACUUAGACCCUGAGUAUUUAUUGACGAGCGAGUUAACUGAGAAGAGUGAUGUGUAUAGCUUUGGAAUUGUGCUUCUGGAACUUAUAACGGGAAAGAAAGCGGUGAGGUUUGAUGGGCCGGAAGAAGAUCGAAACCUAGCCAUGUAUGUCCUUUGUGCAAUAAAAGAAGACCGUUUUGAAGAAGUGGUGGAGAAGGGAAUGGUGAGUGAGGCAAACAUGGAGCAAAUAAAGGAAGCGGCUAAGCUAGCAAGAGAGUGUGUAAGAAUCAAAGGGGAGGAGAGGCCGAGCAUGAAGGAAGUGGCUAUGGAGUUGGAGGCGCUGCGAGCAACGAAGGGUGAGCAUUCAUGGGCCAAUGUUAGGUUAUCCGCCGCACAAGAGUCGAGCCCAUUUGUUGAGGGUGGAAGUAUGGGCGCUGUGGAUGAUAGCAUAAAGCUGGAAUUGCCACAUGUCGAACAUGAUCUUUACAAUUUAUACACACCAACAACACCCAUUUGUCCUCUCAUGGUGAUGAAGAUGAAACCCAUCAUGGCAUUCUUGGUGAUGAUGAACAUAGCCAUAUUAUCAACACCCUUGGCCGUGGCAGCAUCUCAAGCCUUACCCGGGUGUGAAGAACGGUGUGGCGACGUGCACAUUCCAUAUCCAUUCGGCAUCAAAGAAGGGUGCUAUCUCAAUCAAAAUUUCUCGAUCGCUUGCGACAAAACCGAUCGCAACGGACCUCCAAAGGCGUUUCUAAUGCAUACCAAUAUUAGUGUUAUGAAUAUAUUUACCAACGGUGAGCUUCACGUGUUGCAGCCGAUAGUGCGAAAUUGUUAUAGCGACGGAGGUAGUUAUUUAGAUAUGAACGAUUCGUAUCUUUCUGUGCCGGACAUGUACCCACUUUCUCGUUCCAAAAAUAAGUUCAUUACCAUUGGGUGCAAUCAUGUUGGGUUAAUCUUGGGGGAUUACUUAGGGGGUGACUUUGAAAGUGGGUGUAUUUCGAUGUGUACAAAGAAAAGUAGUGUAGCUGAUGGGUCGUGUUCUGGGAGUGGGUGCUGUCAGUUGGAGAUUCCAAAAGGGUUAACCAAUUUGAGAUUGGCGGUGGGUGAGUUGUUGAAUUACACUGAAAUACCGAAAUUGAGUCCCUGUGGGUAUGCUUUUAUAAUUGAAGCUGAGAGGUUCCGGUUUUUGUCAAGUUAUAUUGAUAAGUUUGAAGACGAGAAAGUUGUGGUUGUGCUUAGUUGGGGCAUUAGAAACGAAUUAAAGUUUGAAUGUGGAUCAAACACCGCAAGGAUUAGUAUCUUUAAUGGAACUCAAUAUGGUUGCCAAUGCUUGGAUGGUUACGAGGGGAAUCCAUAUCUCCGUCACGGAUGCCAAGAUGUGAAUGAAUGCAAGUAUGGAUGGCUGAAUGACUGUAUGCACAAGGCCAAGUGUAUUAACACUGAAGGAAACUAUACCUGUCGUUGUCCUAAGAACUUCCAUGGAGAUGGAAGAAAAGGCGGAGAAGGUUGCACCAAAAAUUCCACCUCUUCCAUUCCUAUCAUCAUUGGAAUUGGGUUAGGCCUCGUAGUUCUACUAAUUGCCAUCACAACCAUAUACUUAUGCUAUAAAAAGUUGAAGUUCAUCAAACAAAAACAGCGUUUUUUCCACAAAAACGGAGGCUUUGUGCUUCAACGACAGCUUUCUCAAUGCAAUUCACCUAAAGACAUCGUAAGAAUCUUCAGCCAAGAAGAGUUGGAGAAGGCCACCAACAACUACGCCAAAGACACCAUUGCUGGCAAAGGUGGCUACGGUACCGUUUACAAAGGUGUCUUGGACGAUGGACUCACCGUUGCAAUCAAGAAAUCAAAAUUCAUGGACGAAUCCCAAACAUCCCAAUUCAUCAAUGAAGUCGUUGUUCUUUCCCAAAUCAACCAUCGAAACGUGGUCAAGCUCUUAGGGUGCUGUUUAGAGACCCAAGUCCCAUUGUUGGUGUACGAGUUCGUCACCAACGGCACCCUCUUCGAUCACAUCCAUGACACUACCAAACGCGUCCCUCUUUCUUGGGAAGCUCGCUUGAGAAUCGCUUCGGAAACAGCCGGUGUCAUUUCGUAUUUGCAUUCUUCGGCUUCUAUUCCCAUCAUCCAUAGAGAUAUCAAGACCACCAACGUACUUUUAGACGAUAAUUACACUGCAAAGGUGUCUGAUUUUGGUGCUUCCAAGUUGGUUCCUAUGGAUCAAACUCAGCUAACUACGCUCGUGCAAGGGACUCUCGGGUACUUAGACCCUGAGUACUUAUUGACGAGCGAGUUAACUGAGAAGAGUGAUGUGUAUAGCUUUGGAAUUGUGCUUCUGGAGCUUAUAACGGGGAAGAAAGCGGUGAGGUUUGAUGGGCCGGAAGAAGAUCGAAAUCUAGCCAUGUAUGUCCUUUGUGCAAUGAAAGAAGACCGUUUUGAAGAAGUGGUGGAUAAGGGAAUGGUGAGUGAGGCCAACUUUGAGCAAAUAAAAGAAGUGGCUAAGCUAGCGAAAGAGUGUGUGAGAAUCAAAGGGGACGAGAGGCCGGACAUGAAGGAAGUGGCUAUGGAGUUGGAGGCGCUGCGAGCAACGAAGGGUGAGCAUUCAUGGGCCAAUGUUAGGUUAUCCGCCGCACAAGAGUCGAGCCCAUUUGUUGAGAGUGGAAGUAUGGGCGCUGUGGAUGAUAGCAUAAAGCUGGAAUUGCCACAUGUCGAACAUGGUAGAUGAUCUUAUCAGAAAUGCUUUUAUUUAGUGCACUUGAAGUAGUCACUUUUUCCUUUCUUAAUUUAGAUCUCGUGUCUUAAUUUUGUCCAGCAGUUUUCAGUAGAACAAAAUAAAGCUUGUAAAUAUGGUUAAGAUAAAUGUCGUGA